AUGAUUUAUUCAACCACAGCAAUUUAAUAAUUUCUCUUCGUUUCAAAUUACAGGUAACGCAUUGAGUUGAAAACAGGUACUGUACUACAAAGGAGAUCAUCAUGAAAACCUUGAAUGAGACAUCUUCUAUAUGCUUUACAAGUGACACACUCAUAAUAACAAAUUCAACAAGGAGUUUCCUCGUAUUAACAGUUCACUUCAUCUCAACCAUAAAAGAAUCACCUGUCCUUCAGAGCAUAAACCUGUGCGCAAAAACAUUCUGAGAUAUAUUUUUCCAUUCCUAUGCAUUAUGAUAACUCUAUUUCCAAUUAUUUUGAUGAGCAAUAAUAACAUGUUUUAUAUGGUGUGUAGGUGACAAUAUACCCUUUUUUCAGAGUCAUUCAGCACUGUACAUUAAGGAAUGUUGAAAAGAGAUUUGUGAAGAUUUCAAAAUAGACAAUAAUAAAAUCGUCUCUAUUACCACUGAUGGCGGCACAAAUAAAGCAUCAGCUGUGCGAUUAUUUUUAGGAGAAAAUCGUAGGAUUCCCUGUAUGGCUCACUCUUUGAAUCAAGUGGUUGAUGUGGUCGGAGCAAGAAGCAGCUGGAAAGAAAGAAGGAGAAGUAUCAACAUUGACACAAGCUGUCAGCACGAGAUGGAACUCAUGUUUCGAUAUGUUGGAGCGUUUUGUGAAACUUUCAGCUCUUUUAGCUAAAGUUUUAGCUACUAAGAGUCCAUCCAACAAACAUACUACAGAUAUGCUCACAAGUUCUCAACUUAACAUAGUUCGCGAUCUAAUUGCUCUUCUUGCUCCUUUCAAAGAAGCUAUUGAAGAAGUAAGUGGUGUCACCUCAGGCAUAGCAAACUCACAAACUUACUUCAAGUAACAGAACAAGCUGCUCCAUCAACCACUAUAGGGCAGAAUUUAAAAGCAGCUUUACUCAAAAAAAAAUGCAAAGCUUGCUCCCUCAGAAAGGAACAAUUUUCUUUCUAUAGCCACCAUUUUGGAUCCUCGGUUCAAAAGCAUUCACUUCACUUCUCCAAUAGCAGUGUCGAAUGCUAUUACAAAAAUCAGUAAUGAAAUUAGAACCGAGCAUAGUCGUAGAGGUCGACGGUCGGCAAAUAGAAACACAAGUGAAGUGAAUGCAGAACCGAGUAAUGAGUCGUCAAUCUGGAGCAGGCAUGAAAAACUGUUGACCCUCAGCCCUGCAACUCCAGAGAUACCAAGUUCUGGCUCCAUCCCCAAUGAACUGAAACAAUAUCUAGACCAACCAUUGCUAGAGAGGAAGGCAGAUCCAAUCAAAUUCUGGGUGAAUUGCCAGCAUUUCACACCGGUUCUUUUCGAAAUUGCCUUAAAAUAUUUGAUUUGUCCUGCCUCCUCAGUAUCUUCGGAAAGACUUGCUUCGGUGGUCAAUUUAGCAGUGCCGGAUAAUAGGAGCAGAAUGACAGGGGAACACAUCAAACAGAGGUUACUCCUUUUGUCAAUACCAAACGAAUACUGUUUUCAAUAAAAUAGUUUUGUAUUUUAAAUAUUAAAAA